AUGCAGGGCCUGGAUGUGGUGGGCAUGGCCCGCACCGGCUCCGGCAAGACGGCGGCGUUUGUCAUCCCGCUGGUGGAGCGUCUCAAGGAGCACAGCGCGCGGGCGGGGGCGCGGGCCGUCAUCCUGUCGCCCACCCGGGAGCUGGCGCUGCAGACGCACAAGGUUGUGAAGGAGCUGGGCAGGCACAGCAACCUGCGCACGGCGGUGCUGGUGGGAGGCGACAGCAUGGAGGCUCAGUUUGCUGAGCUGGCGGCCUUCCCAGACAUACUGGUGGCCACCCCAGGCCGGCUGAUGCACCACCUGCAGGAGGUGGAGGGCAUGAGCCUUCGAUCCUGCGAGUACCUUGUGUUUGAUGAGGCCGACCGCCUGUUUGAGAUGGGGUUUGCGGAGCAGCUGCGCCAGAUCCUGGCCUCGGUGGGCCCCAGCCGCCAGACGCUGCUCUUCUCCGCCACCAUGCCCAAGGCACUGGCCGAGUUUGCGCGGGCGGGGCUCAAGGAGCCGGAGCUGGUGCGCCUGGAUGCCGACACCAAGAUCUCGCCAGACCUCGCCCUCGCCUUCUUCACAGUCAGGUGGGAGGACAAGCCCGCGGCGCUGCUGUACCUGCUGAGGGAGGUGGUGGCCGCGGACCAGCCCACCAUCAUCUUUGCCUCCACCCGGCACCACGUGGAGUUCCUGGCGGGGCUGCUGGCCCAGGACGGGCUGGAGGCGGCCUAUGUGCACGGCAACAUGGACCAGGCCGCCCGCAAGAUCCACAUCGCCAAGUUCCGCGCGGGGCGGGUGCGGUUGCUGGUGGUGACGGACGUGGCGGCGCGCGGCCUCGAUAUCCCGCUCCUCGACAACGUCGUUCACUACGACUUCCCGCCCAAGCCCAAGCUGUUUGUGCACCGCAGCGGCCGCGCGGCGCGCGCCGGCCGCUCGGGAACCUCCUACAGCCUGCUC